AUGUCGACCGUGCCGAAAGCGCGUCGAAGCAAUGUCGUGGACGUGACUGUAACCCCAGCCGGGUGGGACGCUCACCCGGAAAUAUCGCGUUCCAACAUCACCAACUGCACUUUUAAAGACUUGAGCUCUGCAACCAACAUCGAGCGCUCGGAACUCUCCCGGUCGACAAUACAGCCCAGCUCGACUAAGAAGGGAUCUCGUAUAGACCGUUCGAAAGUUCACGACAGCCAGGUCUUUUCGGCCCGUAUCCUUCGCUCUGAACUCGAUCACUGCAGUGUCACGGGUUCCACGGUGGAGAGAAGCAAGCUACAGAAUUGUAGCGUGGCGGCGCCGAACAAUAUAGCCCGCACCGAGGCACGCGCAACCAAGUUUAUAAGCUCGAAGCUUGUUGAAAGGUCACAGCUAAAUGAUAGCGUGGUACUGGGCGACAGCACUCUUGAGCGAUGCAUUGUCCGAGAUACGAUUGUUGCAGACAAGAGUACCUGUGAACGCUCGGAGCUAGACAGUUCAGUCAUUACUAGAAGUAAAAUCGAGAGAUCCAAGGUUUCGGACUGCGAUGUUAUGGACUGUGUCAUGGAGAGGACGGAUUUCAAGGGGAUGAUUUUAAAGUAUGGUAUUUGGAAACGUGGCGAUUUGAUCGGACGCACAUCGGAUCAGCACGAGGUGGUCAUCAGGCCGAGACAACAACCGCUAUCAACUGCUGAGCCGUCGUCUCCUUUGCCGACGCCAUCUUUCCAGACAUCGGGACCCGGAUGGAAAGCCGCAGAGGCUGAGCGAGAUCGAUUACCAGUGGAAGAUGAGGAUGAAGAAGAUGAGAAUUCACUAGGUGACUUGGAAGAUUCGAGCGAUGAUGAGACAGUUGAUCCACUGCCUGAUGCCACAAAACGAGCCAAGACACAUAAAAAGAGCAAUCGCGCGUCAAUGGCAGAUACUAGCGACCCACCACCUCCUUAUGAGCAAUGA